AGGACCCUGCGCCUCACGGCUGCCUUACUGCAGUGCUGUGCAUUAGAUGGUUAUGGGCUGAGCUGACACUCUGGGCUCCUUCUCUUUGGAUACAGAUCCGGUUCCUGCAGACAGGUCUCCAGAGUUGCCGAGCAGCCUGCAAGAUUUAAAUGAACAGCUUUAGCCAAGAUAAAGCAGAAGGACCAUCUUAUUCUUCAUUAAAGGCUACAAACCAAAAAGCCUCAAGCCUGCAUAUUUAUUUGUUGAUACACAACACCUGUAGGUCUUCAGGAAGAAGAUAUGCCUGAUCAGAGGAGAACCCUCUUACGUGCCUUCAUCUACCCCUUUGAUUCUCUCAGGUCUUACCUCAAUCCUUGGGGUAUGAUGGAUGAUGGUCCUGUGAAUAGAAGAGGGAUGGUGACCUUUUAUCUUAAUCCUGCUCAUGGAUACCUCCCUUGCCUCUCACACUUGGAACUCCUCCUUCAACAAGUCAAUGGGUCCCUCUCCUACCAGUACUCAUUAUGGGUCUCUCUUCAUCAUGCUUCUAAUGGACCUGCUGGCAGUUGCUGGGAAUGUGGCAGUAAUGGGGGUCAUCAUGAAGACCCCAUCCCUCAGGAAGUUUGUUUUGGUCUUCCACUUGUGCAUGGUGGAUCUUCUGGCUGCACUGACCCUUAUGCCACUGGCUAUGUUGUCAGGGAAUGAGGGAACCUCCAUUUAUGAAGGACAGGGUUUGGGGCCGAUGGCCUGUCGUGCCUACCUCUUUUUGAGUGUUUGCCUGACCAGCACAGGGAUCUUAUCGAUUUCUGCCAUUAACAUUGAGCGAUACUACUAUGUUGUGCAUCCCAUGAAGUACCAAGUCAAGAUGACAAUGGGACUGGUCAGUUGGGUACUAGCAGGUGUCUGGAUUAAGGCCUUGCUGACCUCGCUCAUACCAGUAUUGGGCUGGAGCCCUCCAGCCCCAGGACACUGCAGCCUACAGGGGGGGGGCAACAGUGUCUUCAGAGCUGGAUUCCUCCUCUUCUACUCCUCAUUCUAUUUCCUGCUUCCUCUCACCAUUAUCAUUGUUGUCUACUGCAGCAUGUUCAAGGUGGCACGUGUUGCAGCUCUUAACCAGGGUCCCCUGCCAACAUGGAUGGACACCUCCCCUCAGAGACGGCGUUCAGAAUCCCUCAGUAGCCGCUCCACUAUGGUGACAAGUUCAGGAGCCACGCGCGGGACUCCUAAGCAAAGAAUGGCAGGUGGCAGUGGGGGGAAAGCAGCGGCUGUUUUAGCUGCAGUAGGAGGGCAGUUCCUGCUGUGCUGGCUGCCCUAUUUUAGCUUCCAAUUAUAUGCUGCAUUGCGCUCCCCUCCUCCUCCCCCUGGAUCACGAGUAGAGUGGGCGGUUACCUGGAUGGGGUUCUUCUGCUUUGUCUCCAAUCCCAUUUUCUAUGGCUGCCUCAAUCGGCAAAUUCGGAAUGAACUAGGGCGUUGGGUGGGUUGUCUGUUCAAAAGGGAAGGUUCGGGUGAAGAUGAACUUCGGUUGCCAAGUAGGGAGGGCUCCAUUGAGGAGAAUUUCUUGCAGUUUCUACAGGGCACUGGUUGCCCUCCUGACAACAGGACAACUGCCUACAUACCUCCCAAGGGAGAUCAUCCAGUUAUAGACUUCCGGAUUCCAGGGCAGAUUGCAGAGGAAACCUCAGAGUUUCUUGAGCAACCAUGGGAUGCGACAGCUGUGAACAAAGAUUAUACUAGUACAGGCCCCUCUCCCAAAACAUAAAUCCCCAGAAACGCACAACCACUAAUUGUUACAAUCCUCU